UGGGCCGCGGGAGCCUGGGUCGCGGGCGCGCCGGGGACGCGAUGCCCCCCGCCGACAGGGGCGGCGCGCUGGCCCUCGGCGUGCAAUCCGCGGGGCGGCCCGCGCGCGCGCGCGCCAGAGCUGCCGGGCCCGCUGCCGCGGGGCUCCACGGCGCGUCGCCGGCGCCCGCCGCGCUGGCGAGGGCCGCCCCGCGGCGGCGAGGGCGGCCCGCCGCCGCGCCGGCGGCGCUCGCUGGCGCCUGGGCGCGGGCCCGGCGCGGGGCGCCCCGCGGCCGCGGCUCGGCCUCGUCGGGGCCAGAGCCGCCGCACGCACCGCCGCCGCAGGCGGGCGCGGCCGACGCCGCGGCCGCGCCCGCGGCGCAGCACGCCCAGCCCAGCGCGCCAGGGGCGGCGGCGUCGCAGGACAUGGCAGCGCCCACCGCUCCACCGCCCGCGGCGGUCGGGCCCGCGGCCGCCAUGGCGGCGGCGGCGGCCCCUCCGCCGCCCGCCGUGGCUGCGCCGCCCUCUGCUCUGCCACAGGCGACCGCAGUGUCGGCGGCGUCUUCCGCCCAGGCGCCAGCUGCAGCGGCCGUGCCGCCAGGCGCCGCGCUGGGGCCUGCGGCGGUGGGGCUUGCAGCCGCCGCGUCGGCUCCGUCGGCUGCGACCCCUCCGCUGGCAGCCGCGGCGCCGCCGCAGCCAGCAGCCGCGCCGCCGGGCGCCGCGCCGCUUGCGGGCGGCUCCGCUCUGGCGGCCGUGGCGUUGGCGGAAGGCCGCGAGUCUGCGGACGCGGUCUCCGGCCGCGAGGCUCCGGAGGCUGCCCUGAACGUGCUCGACGCGCCCGCGGAGGCGCGGGCUGCUGCCGACGAGGCCCCGGAGGCGCCAGGUAGCGAGCCGCAGCUGGGCAGGCAGUGGGUCUGGCUGGUGCUGCUGGCCGUGGCGGUGUCGUUCGCGGCCUGGGAGGGGAGCGGCGCGCCCUUGCCGGCGGGGCACGGCUGGGAGUGGCUGGAGCCGCUCCGGUUCAGAGGCUCGGGCUCGCUCGCCAUCUUCGGCGCCUCGAUCGCCGGCAUCGCGGUGAAGGGGGCGCCGGUUUUCAAGGAGGCUUGGAGCCUGACGGGCGGGGCGGGCAUCUCGGCCCUCUACCUCCGCUCGUGGGUCAUCGAGGGCAAGCGCAUCCGGCUUUUUGGCCCCUACGGGGACCCGGGCGCGCGGGUUGUCACAAUCAUCGUGCGGGACACGCGCGUGUCCGCGCUGUUGCAGCAGGUGGUCCAAGCUCAGGGCAUUGUCCCGCCUUCGCCGUCCAGCAGGCAGCCGAUCCAGCUGUACCAGUGGUUCGCCCCUGGCCUCUUCGAGCGCCUGGAUGCCCGGCAGGCGCCGCGCGGGUUUCAAGGUGCGAGCACGCUGGAUGUCGUGCCCGACUACGGCAUUGUGGUGUGGGCGUGGGCGGGCACCGCGGUCCCCGACGUCGGCCCGCUGUGCCCCAGUCCAUAA